AUGCGUCCCAUCUUCCUGGCGGCCUGCGUCGUCUUCCUGGCCACCAGGCACGUCCUGUGGACCCCAGAGAUGUGUCGGAAGCAGCGCGAUGCCCACACGUUCAUGCCAGCCGGCCUUGUGCGCUGCAGGGUGCCACCGGCCGCCGCCCGCACUACCGCCGUCGCUCUCCCGGACGGCAAGCCCUAUUCCAUCGGCCAGCUGGUGGACCCUGUGAUCAUCUGGGUGGAUCCCAACACUGGCGUGGACCAGGGAAGGACGGGCACCAACCCUGCGCUGCCGCUCAAGACCUUCAAGGCGGCGUGGGCCAAGGUCCCAGCCAAGCCCACCCGGCCGCAUCGCAUCCGCAUCAAGAGCGGCACCUUCAACCAGGCGCAAGUCGGGGAGUGGCUGGAGUUCAAGAACGGGACCUACAAGGCGCCCAUCAUCGUCGAGGCCGCCGCCGGCGCAACAGUCAACUUCAACGCCUACGUCUCGGUCAGGUUCUGCCGCUACCUCUACUUCAUCGGCAUCCGCAUCAACUUUGGGGGUGACUCAGACGGCGACCACCCUUUCCACGCCGAGGGAGUGACCGGCCUUCUGAUGCGCAAGGUCCGGGUACGGGGCAAGGCCACAGGCACUCCCUCCACUCGGGAGGUCGUCAAGUUCAACCAGUGCAAGGGCGUGUAUGUGGAGCAGUGCGACUUUGCUGUGGCCACAGACAACGCCAUUGACGCCGUGGCGGUGCAGAUCUACAAUAACAUCAUCUAUGACCUCGACGAGGCUCCCGCCAUCUCGGUGUAUGGAGGGUACAACAUCCUGGUGGCCCACAACACCCUGUAUCGCGUGGGCAGCGACGGCUCCUCCCUCUUCAGCAUCCGGCAGGGACUGCGCAGCUGCGACGACGACAUCCCCGAGCAGUGCACCGCCUACAUGGCGGCGGGAGGCUGGGGCCAGCCGGGCGGCCAGGCCGAGUGGUCCCAGAUCAGCAUCCCCAACAGAAACGUGAUCAUCGCAAACAACCUGGCCGUGCAGCCGCCAGCCCACAAGCCCAUCCUCUUCCACUUUGCGGUGGGCGCCUUUUACGUUUUGGAGCCCCUGCCCUACUGCCAUGAAUACUCCGAGGGGCCCUGCACGCUCCCCGCUGGCCUGCCCACCACGGUGUCAGCAGACAAAGGGUUGGUCAUCAGGGGCAACGUGAUUUGGGAUGGACCUGUGGAUGACAACCUGGGGAUCCACGACGAGCCUGGCUGGCAGUCGGGUGGCUGCCGCAACAGCCACCCUACCUGCAACAAGGAUUUCGUGCGGGCCAACAACGACAUCAACAACCAGACGCAGCAGCCGCAGCUGGUGAACCCUGCGGGCGGAAACUUCCGCCUGACGCCCGGCUCGCUUCCUUUCUUCUCCAAGCUGUGGACGAUCCCCAAGUGGGCGCAGUGGGCACCUGGCGGGCCCAGCACGCCGGCAGGCAACCUCACCAACACCAUUCUGUUUGAUAAGGAGGGUGCGCCCAGGACUGGUGGGUACAACGCGCCGGGGGCGCUGGUGAGGGUGUACCCGCCAGACCGCCACUAG